CGCCAGGUCCCCUGGGAUUGUGGAGAAGUCUCCCCAGCCUGUCCUGAGCCACAGUCUCUGCCUCCCCAACCCUACCGCACAUAGAUAAAAAGCUGGACUUCAAGGACGUCUUGCUGAGACCCAAGAGCAGCACACUGAAAUCUCUUGCUCUGCUAGGAGCUAGGUGGAUCUCCUCUGAUCGUUCACCUUCCGCAACUUGCACCAGACGUAUAGUGGGAUCCCCAUCAUCGCUGCCAACAUGGACACUGUGGGCACCUUCGAGAUGGCCAAAGCCCUUUGCAAGUUCUCACUCUUUACUGCCAUCUACAAGCACUACGAGCUGGAGGAGUGGGAGGAGUUUGCUGCCCGGGAGCCCGAUUGCCUGCAGCACGUGGUGGCUAGUUCAGGCACCAGCCCCUCAGACUUGGAGCAGCUGGAGAAGAUCCUGGAGGCCCUACCCCAGGUGUGCUACAUCUGCCUGGACGUGGCCAAUGGCUACUCGGAGCACUUUGUCCAGUUCCUGCGGGAGGUGCGCAAACGCUUCCCCGACCACACCAUCAUGGCUGGGAACGUGGUGACGGGAGAUGGUGGAGGAGCUGAUCCUCUCAUAGUGGGCAUCGGACCAGGUUCGGUCUGUACCACUCGGAAGAAGACAGGGAUGGGGUACCCCCAGCUGAGCGCUGUCCUGGCACGUGCCGAUGCAGCCCAUGGCCUCAACGGGCACAUCAUCUCGGAUGGGGGCUGCUGUUGUCCAGGGGACAUGGGUAAGGCAUUUGGUGCUGGCGCAGACUUUGUCAUGCUAGGGGGGAUGCUGGCAAGACACAUGGAGUCGGGGGGGGGAGCUGAUUGGGGGGGUAAGAAAUACAAACUCUUCUAUGGGAUGAGCUCCGAUGUGGCUAUGAAGAAAUAUGCUGGGGGAGUGGCAGAGUACAGGGCGUCGGAGGGCCGGGCGGAGGAGGUGCCAUUCCAGGGCUCCGUGGGGCACACGCUACAGGACAUGCUGGGCGGGCUCCGCUCCACCUGCUCCUAUGUGGGCGCAGCGAAGCUGAAGGAGAGGAGCCGCUGAACCACCUUCAUCCGCAUCACCCCUAGGGUCCCCCCCAUUCGGGGCAGGGGACUAGGGGCCCCCAGCACACCCCAGCUCCAGCGGCAGGGAUCCCCCAGCGCAUCCCAGCUCCAGGGGAUCAGGGCCCCAUAAUGAACCCCAACUUCGAGGGUCAGGCCCCACCCUGAGGAGUUUUGCCUAUUGAUCCUCCUCUUUGAGAGGCUGAGGCCCAGCCAUGAAGAACCCCCUGCUCUGGGCACCCCAAUAUUUCCCUCCUGAAAGCAUGGGGGCAGCAGCGCUCAGCCCUGCCCCCCCAGGAUGAAGGGGACAGAGCCAAGGGAUCUCCGAAUUUUCCCGGAUCAUUCCAUUCCCCGGAGCAGCCCCUGACGUUAAGGGGGGCAGAAGGGACUUGUAAUUCCCUCCCUGUCUCCUCCAGGGGUCCCAUCCCCCCAAAGGGUGUCUCCCCCUGCUCCGCCAGAGGAGGGCUAUGGGGCACCCUCCAAAUGAAGGAGACUGAGGGGGGGGGGACCAGGCUGAAUCAUGUUUAUUUGGUGUCACCAAUAAAAGGCUUUGUGGGGCA